AUGAUCAAGACUACAGCAAUUUUACUAGCUCUUGCGCUGUGCGCUACUGCCUCAUACCAGAGCGGAUCGAGCAGUAGGCAACAAAGAGGUAGAGGUUUCCGAGGUGGAGCACAAGAAGGAUUUGGUGGUUGGCAGCAGAGAGGAUUCGGCGGACAGGGAGAAUCCCGUUGGCAGCAAGGUGAAAUCGGUGGUGCGCAGGCAGGAAUCGGUGAACAACAAGGAUUCGGUGGUUCGCAGCAGAGAGGAUUUGGAGGACAGGCAGAAUCUGGUUGGCAGCAGGGAGGAAUCGGUGGAGCGCAGGCAGGAAUUGGUGGAUUUGGUGGUCAAGGAGAAUCUCGUUUGCAACAUGGUGCAAUCCGUGGAGCGCAAGUGGGAAUCAGUGAACAAGUUGUAGGAUUCGGUGGAAGGCAAAGAGAAUUUGGUGGGCAGCAAAUUGGACUCGGUGGACAAGAAGUAGCUUUUGGUGGACAGCGAGGAGGAUUCGGUGGAAAACUGGGAGGAUUUGGUGGACAAGGAGAAUCUCGUUGGCAACAAGGAGCUAUCGGUGGAGCCCAAACUGGAAUCAGUGGAAUCACUGAACAGGUGAUAGGAUUCGGUGGAAGGCAGGAAGGAUUCGGUGGUAAACUCGGAGGAAUUGGUGUACAGGGAGAAUCUCGUUGGCAGCAAGAAGCUAUCCGUGGAGUGCAAGCGGGAAUCACUGAACAGGAGGUAGGAUUUGGUGGAAGGCAGGAAGGAUUCGGUGGUAAACUAGGAGGAAUCGGUGGACAGCAAAUUAGAAUCGGUGGACAAGAAGCAGCUUUUGGUGGACAGCAAGGAGGAUUCGGUGGAAAACUAGGAGGAUUCGGUGGACAAGGAGAAUCUCGUUGGCAACAAGGAUCAAUCGGUGGAGCGCAAACUGGAAUCACUGAACAGGUGGUAGGAUUCGGUGGAAGACAGGAAGCAUUCGUUGGAAAACUCCGAGGAAUUGGUGGACAGCAAAUUAGAAACGGCGGACAAGAAGUAGUACUUGGUGGACAGCAAGGAGGAUUUGGAGGACAGCAAGGAGGAUUUGGAGGACAGCAAAAAGUAUUUGGUAGACAACGAGAAUCUCGUUUCGAACAAGGAGCAAUCAGGCCAAUCCAUGAAGAAAUCAAUGAACAAGUUGUUGGAUUUGGUGAGCAGCAAGGAGCAUUUGGUGGUAAGCAAGGAGGAUUCGUCGGACAGGAAGUAGCAUUUAGCCGACAGCGAGGAGCAAUCGGUGGAAGACAAGAAGGAUACAGUGCCCAGCAAAUUGGACUCGGUGGACAGGCAGUAGCAUUCGGUGGACAAGAGGCGGUCGGUGGACAGACAGGAUUUGGUUGGCAGCAAAGAGAACUUGGCGAACAGCGAGGAGGAAUCGACGGACAGAGCGGCGGAUACGUAUACUAG